GAUUUGAUUGGAAUGUCCUAGACCUAAUUUAUAGCUGUUACACUGUUCAGCUAUUGGCAUUGGCAGGUUUCUGUGCUUGCUACAGGUCUUGCUUGCUUCUCUGUAUCAGAGUCUAGUGCUUGUUAGCCGCUGCUAUUUGCUGCACUUAGCAUCAUGUUUUGCUGUGCCUGGGAACAUUUUGAUAACAGCAAAGGCCAUGUCCCUGGGUUGACAAAUUGCCAGGGCAUUGCUGUUUUUUCCUGUGCUGCUAAUGGACAGGCUGCAACUGCAGCGUCUCAAGUCAGAGGGACUUGUGCCUUCCGAGUAAGUCCACACUGCAGCACUACCCCUACAGGAAUUGCAACCCUUGAUUAGGAGCACGGGCAAGAGUGAGGAGUCUGUUGCAAAGAUAAGUCUGAUAGUCUGCUCCAAAGGGACAAAGGGUGAAGACUGGAAUGGAUAGACCCUUAAGUUGUAACCCAUGAUUUGAGUUGCGUGUUGUAGGAAGUACUGCAGCGGGAACCACUCAAACCGAUGAAGAAUGAGCUUCACAAAAAGCCACGCAAGUGCAGCAGUGACCCAGCUUGAGCUGGCUUUGGCAGCCAGUAACAUCACACCCCCUCUCCUGUCCUGUGACCACCAUAACAGCUGGAACCCAAGUCAUGAAGAUAUGUCCAUGGACAUUUCAGGAACAUUUUACAAAGCCUUUGACCUUGCUGAGUAGUUUUCCUGCUUACUUUGGCUUCCUGCAAACCUAUCACCGAUGUAAAAGCUAAGACCACAUUAGAAACCUUUGAGCAAAGUACACACACACUUGAAGCAGAAGCAGCCUCUUAGCUGCAGCUAACCCAGCUGGGGAGCCAAAGGAGCACAGCAUACGCGCAACUGAGAGGCAGACCUCGGCAAAAUGAAUCCUCGCGAUGAACUAGACAUGCAUCAAGGCAGACGUUUGGAUGACAUGAUGUUACAACCAUCACAGUAUGUGAAGAAAAAAACACUACAGAAAUACAAGAUAAUCUGUGCUUUUCUGCUAGUUGCUUUGGUGGUUGUGUCGCUGGGACUAGGUUUGGGACUUGGACUAAACCGUGGAGCCCAGGAGCAAGUCAGCUGCAGGCACAAAUGUGACGAGCCCUAUCGAAAAGAGGUGGCAGGCUGCCAGUGUGACAGUGGGUGCAAAGAGCGUCAAAACUGCUGCUGGGAUUAUGAAGAUGCCUGUGUGGAGCCAACCCGAUCUUGGAGAUGCACUAAUUUCCGUUGUGGUGAGAAAAGGCUACCUGGAAGUUACUGUUCUUGUUCUGAUGACUGUUUGCAGAAUAAAGACUGCUGUGUAAACUACAACAGCAUUUGCAAAGGUGAAAUACCUUGGGUAGAAGAACCAUGUACACCACUUGAAACUCCUCAGUGUCCAGCUGGGUUUGAUGUGCCACCACUUAUCCUUUUUUCAAUGGAUGGUUUCAGAGCGGAAUACUUGCAAACUUGGAGUUCUUUGCUGCCAAAUAUUGAAAAACUCAAAACAUGUGGCACACAUUCAAAAUACAUGAGAGCUGCUUACCCCACAAAAACUUUUCCAAACCACUAUACUAUUGUCACAGGAUUGUAUCCAGAAUCUCAUGGUAUUAUUGAUAACAACAUGUAUGAUGUAGACUUGAACAAGCAUUUUUCACUUUCAGGGACCGAAAAAUUCCAGCCUUCGUGGUGGAAGGGACAGCCGAUGUGGCUGACAGCAAUGUACCAAGGUUUGAAAGCAGGCACAUUCUUUUGGCCAGGCUCUGAUGUUCCCAUUAAUGGUACAUACCCGGACUUGUACAAUAUAUACAACAAUUCAGUUACAUAUGAAGAGAGAAUUUCAGGAAUACUGAAAUGGCUUGAUUACAGCAAAUCUGAAAGGCCUGAUUUCUACACUUUGUAUAUUGAAGAACCAGAUUCUUCUGGACAUUCAUUUGGACCAGUUAGUGGUGGCGUAAUCAAAGCCUUAGAGCUAGCAGAUCAAACACUAGGAAUGCUAAUGGAGGGACUUAAACAGAGAAACCUGCACAAUUGUGUAAACCUCAUUGUUUUAGCUGAUCAUGGGAUGGAUAUGACCUACUGCAGCCAAUUAGAAUACAUGACUGAUUACUUCCAACAGGUUAAUUUCUACAUAUAUGCUGGGCCUGCAGCUCGCAUUCGAGCAAGCAAUGUUCCUCAGGACUAUUAUACUUUUGACUCAGAAGGAAUUGUUAAAAACCUCACAUGCAAAAGAUCCCCUCAGCACUUCAAGCCUUAUCUGACACCUAACCUGCCAAAACGGUUCCAUUAUGCUAACAACAUUCGUAUUGACAAAGUUCAUCUUUUGGUGGAUCGACAGUGGCUGGCUGUAAGGGACAACAGUUACACGUUUUGUGAUGGAGGUAACCAUGGCUAUGACAAUGAAUUCAAAAGUAUGGAGGCUAUAUUCCUAGGAUAUGGCCCAAGUUUUAAAGAAAAAACAGAAGUGGAUGCUUUUGAAAACAUCGAGGUUUACAACCUUAUGUGUGAUCUGCUACAUAUUACACCAGCACCAAACAACGGAACACAUGGCAGCUUAAACCACCUGUUAAAAAAGCCUUUUUACAAUCCUUCACAUGCAAAGGAGGAGUCAUCUCCUUUAUCAUGUCCAGUUUCCAGUCUGAUUCCUGCAGAUGAAUUGGGAUGCACAUGCAAUAAUAUCACAGAUUCUUCAGUAAUAAACAUGAGGUUAAAUCUCACCACAGAUGAAAUAAAGAAUGCAACCUCAUACCAUUUGCCAUAUGGGAGACCCAAAGUUCUUCAGAAGAACAGCAUUUAUUGCCUCCUUCCCCAUUAUCAGUAUGUGAGUGGAUACAGCCAUGAUAUCUGGAUGCCACUGUGGACUGCAUACACUGUGAAUAAGCCUGAAAGCACAUCUUCUCUUCCUCCCACUGUUUCAGACUGUCUGCGGGCUGAUGUUAGAAUCCCUGUUGCUCAUAGCCAAAAUUGUUCCGACUACCCAGAAGGGCUGAACUUGACAUACGGUUUCCUCUAUCCUCCCAACUUCAGUUCAUCUGUUCUUGAACAGUAUGAUGCCUUACUCACCAGCAAUAUUGUUCCCAUGUAUGAAGCCUUCAGAGACAUAUGGGACUAUUUCCAUAAUGUGCUUCUUCAGAAGUAUGCUAGAGAAAGGAACGGAGUAAAUGUUAUCAGUGGACCAGUGUUUGAUUACAAUUAUGAUGGCCAUGUUGACACUGUUGAUGAAAUUGCACAGCAUGUAAACAACACACAAAUCCCUAUCCCAACCCAUUACUUUGUGGUUCUGACUAGCUGCAAGAACAAAUCCUAUACUCCCCUGAACUGUACAGGCUCUUUGGAUGCCCUGUCUUUUGUCAUUCCUCAUCAACCUGACAACACUGAAAGCUGUGCUGAAAACAGGUUGCCUUCUGAAUGGGUUGAAGAAAGAGUUCAGGCUCAUUCGGCACGUGUUCGUGAUGUGGAACUGCUAACUGGGCUUGACUUUUACCAGGAAAGACAGGAAUCUGUCUCUGAGAUCUUACAGCUAAAGACGUAUUUGCCAACCUUUGAGACUGAAAUUAACUGACUUUGUGUUUAAAAAGUGGUAUUUGGAAGAAAGAAAAUCAAAGUGAUUUCCUUGCUAAAUUAUGCAGGAAACACGGCUGCCGCUCCUCAU